AUGGAAAGGGGAGAUAAAUGGAUAGGUGGGGGAAAGUGUAAAAACACAAGCGACGACGACGUCACGAACGACGACGAUGACGACGUCACGAACGACAACGACGACGACACGAACGACGACGACGACGACACAAAGGACUACGACGACGUCACGAACGACGGCGACGACACAACCGACGACGACGACACGAUCGAAGACGACGACACGAACGACGACGACGACACGCACGACGACGACGACACGCACGACGACACAAACGACGAUGACGACACGAUCGAAGACGACGACACGAUCGACGACGACGACACAAACGACGAUGACGACACAAACGACGACGACGACGACGACGACACAAACGACGAUGACGACACGAUCGACGACGACGACAUGAUCGAAGACGACGUCGACGAAGACACAAAGGACGACGACGACACGAACGACGAUGACGACACGAACGACGACGACGACAUGAUCGAAGACGACGUCGACGAAGACACAAAGGACGACAACGACACGAACGGCGAAGACGACACGAACGACGAUGACGACAAGAUCGACGACGACGACGACGACACAAACGACGAUGACGACACGAUCGACGACGACAACAUGAUCGAAGACGACGUCGACGAAGACACAAAGGACGACGACGACACGAACGACGACGAAGACACAAACGACGAUGACGACACGAUCGACGACGACGACAUGAUCGAAGACGACGACGACACAAACGACGACGACGACAUGAUCGAAGACGACGUCGACGAAGACACAAAGGACGACGACGACACGAACGACGACGACGACACAAACGACGAUGACGACACGAUCGACGACGACAACAUGAUCGAAGACGACGUCGACGAAGACACAAAGGACGACGACGACACGAUCGACAGCGACGACACAAACGACGACGACGUCGACGACGCCGGACAAAGUUAUUCGUAUGUGUUUGUGGUUGUGUUUGUGUAUUCGUAUGCCAUACGAGACAACAUACGAGACAACACACGGGCGACACACGAGACAACAUACGAGACAACAUUCGAGACAAGAAAUGAGACAACAUACGAGACAAUACACGAUACGACAUACGAGACAACAUGCGAGACAACACAGAAGACGACAUACGAGACAACAUACGAGACGACAUGCGAGACAACACAGGAGACAACACACGAGACAACACACGAGACAACAUUCAAGACAACACACGAUACGACAUAUGAGACGACAUACGAGACAACAUACGAGACGACAUGCGAGACAACACAAGAGACAACACACGAGACAACACACGAUACGACAUAUGAAACGACAUGCGAGACAACAUACGAGACAACACACGUGAAAACAAACGAGUCAACACACGAGACGACAAGUGGGACAACGUACGAGACAACACAUGAUACGACAUUCGGGACAAUACACGAAACAACAUACGAGACGACACACGAUACAGCUUACGAGACAACAUGCGAGACAACAUACGAGACAACACACGAGAUGACAUACGAGACAAAAUGA